AUGUCUCAUGAUGUUCUUCUGAGACAGAUUCUCGGCCCAUUCAAAGAGUACAGACAAGCGCGACCAAAAGAAGGAGGUGAGACGAAGAUUGAUGAAUUCAAUCAACUGAGGACGUUUCCAGUCGAUGACAUAUCAGCCAACGAAUUCGGACACGAAUGGGCUGUGAAAACAGUUAUGCUGGAAGAGUUUGAUGAGGAAAUAAGAGAGGCUCUGUGCACUCGCUCGAAAGAAGAAGUCACGACACGAAAAGGCAUUCGCGUAUCGAACGAAGACGGUGGUUACCACUCCACGCCAGAUUUUCUACAGAGACUGACAGUAGCAGAUGAUGAUGAGGAAGAAGCGAAGAAGGGUGAGAUGUCGUCGAAAUUUCUCCCUCAGUUCCUGCGUUUUGUGAGUAUGCAACUCGAAUCGUUCCCGUCGUUGAAACGCACUCGUCCUCCAAUGACCACGUCUUGGAUAAACAGGCUCGGUACAAAUAACAGCAACGGCUUGCAUAACCACGCGAGCGCUAAGCUUAGCGGAGUGUUUUAUUUCGACGACUACGAAGCCGAUGUUGACUCCGCAGCGGCGCAGGAACCAAAGCCUGGUGAUCUGCUCUUGAGGACGGCUUCGGCCGCAAUGCGGAAGAAUGAGAAUAUGGGAGAGUGGUGCGAGUACGUAAUCAUUCGUCCUCAACGAGGAAAACUCGUCUUGUUCGAGCCCAAGUUAUUGCACGGAGUGGUAGCUUCGCACCGAGAGCGAUUUUCGCUUGCUAUGAAUUUCGGGGAGAAGAAUGUGAGUUUUGAAGAUCCAAACGAGGCAGGAAAGAAAGUUAGCGUGCGACCAAUCGAAUUAUAG